UUGUUGUAAUGGUUUAUGCCGCAUGAAAAAUUAUAUAAUAAAAUACAAAAGAAAAAACCUUAUUGUUUCACCUUCACCUUUCUUUCUUUAUAAAUCAUACGUGGGAUGCCAGGAUGUCGCAUUGAGGAUUUGAGGUUAUUUUUAUUCAAAACAAUCUAAAAGUAAUAUUAUUUCAACGUAAAAAUGGCUUUUCGAGGGUUAAAACUAUUCAAACUAGUCAGAAGUGCUAAUGUAAUUCGCAACAAUGCGAUGUUAAUGUCCUCAUCAAUGCCUUUUGAAAGAAAAUUAAGUAUACCCAAAGGUGAACUUGUUAAACCUAAACAAUAUAAAACCGAAGAUAAUUACGUGUAUUUAGAAGACCCUGAUACUUUUGGAACCUUAACUAGAGACACCAAGUCACAAGACGAAGUUCUAGAAGAUGAAGGAGAUAUACAGGAGCAAGAACUUAUUGAAAACUCGCCUUUACCGUCUCAAAAACUGACAAUGAAGCAAUACUCGGAUUUGAUAAAACAAUAUUUAAAACAAAAGAGAUUAAAGGAAGCACUCGACGUUCUAGAAGUUAGAAUGAUAAAACAAGACAGAGUCAAACCAAACAACUAUAUUUACAACAUACUAAUUGGUGCUUGUGCUGAGGUGGGGUAUACAAAAAAGGCUUUCAGACUGUAUAAUGAUAUGAAAAGACGCGGUCUUAAAGUAACUGGCGACACUUACACUUGUUUGUUUGAAGCUUGUGCCAACAGUCCAUGGGCAUUGGAUGGGUUAAAAAAUGCAAAACAUCUAAGAAAUUUAAUGAUUGAUAAAGGUAUAGAACCAAAUUUGACAAACUACAAUGCCAUGAUCAAAGCAUUCGGUAGAUGUGGAGACUUGACUACAGCUUUCAAGAUUAUAGAUGAAAUGAUUGCGAAGAAAAUCAAAAUCAGAGUACAUACAUUGAACAAUCUACUGCAUGCAUGUAUUAGUGAUAAGAACAGUGGCUUGAGACAUGGUCUGAUUGUAUGGCGAAAAAUGCUGAAAUUAAAAGAGAAACCAAAUAUUUACAGUUUCAACCUUAUGUUGAAAUGUGUUAAGGAAUGUAACUUAGGCUCUAAGGAAGAUAUUGAGGAAUUAAUAAGAAUAAUUCAAGAGGAAACACCAUUAGCAAUUGAAAUAUCAAAUCAAGUAGAAAUAUUGCAAAUUUCAUCUUCUGAGAAACUACUUAAUCCACCAGACACACCUGAGGAGAGGCUGUCAAGUAAACAGGCUGGAAUUGGAGAUGCAGAAUUAAAAUCUUGUGAUUCCAAAAAUAAAAAAGCUGAUGAUAAUAUUGAAGAUGUCACAAGUAAAGAUUCAUUAGUUCCUAAAAAAGAUGAAUUUGAAGUAAGCAUAGAUGAUUCAAAACAGAACUGUAACAAAUUAACACCUGUUGUUAAUACAAAAACAGUUACAUUACAAUUUGUGGAUAAGCUUCCAGCUAUAAAAAAAGAAGAACGGACAGUACCAAACUUGCUUUCUAAGAAAAUAAAAAUGCAACAAGUACUGGCACUUCAAGAGGUUCAAACUCUGCAAGAUAAGUUUGCCAUAAUCGGUGGUCAGGAAGAUUUCAUUAAAGAAAUGGAAGCAUACUCAGUGAAACCUGAUUUGAAAACUAUUACACAAAUGUUGGCCGUACUAGAUGAUAGCAUAGAGGCCGAAAACAAAUUGAUUGAAACAAUGAAAUCUUUAGAAAUUAAAGCUGAUAUAGAUUUUUACAAUAUGCUUAUUAAGAAAAGGUGUUUAAGAUCAGAUUAUGAAGGUGCCAUGGCAGUAAAACAACUGAUAGAAGAGGAUAAUAAAUUACGCAAGAAGACAAUGCAUCCAUUGAAUAAGAAGAUAAGAUUGAAACCCGACAUCAUGUCAUAUGGAGUGCUAGCAAUGGCUUGUAAAACCAAGGAGAGUGCUGAACAACUACUUAAUGAAAUGAAGGAAAAGAAACUUAAAAUCAACAUUCAAAUCCUGGGUACCUUGUUGAGGCAAGGCACUGCCCACAAUGACUUUGGUUAUGUACUGUACAUAAUGAAUGUUUCAAAAGAAGAAAAUGUGCCAGUGAACAACAUAUUCCUUAAACAUUUGGAGAAUUUUAAUAAUAAAUGUUGCUACUUCAUUAAAAACUUUGUUGAAAAUAGUGAACCAAUAAGUAAAGGUGAUUUCAAAUGUCAUUACAAGAAAUUUUCUUCAUUUUAUAAUAAUUGGCUGAAGGACAUAAACCUUAAGGAAGUUUUAGAACCGGAACACCCAUGGCAGCAGUUCAGAGAGAACUAUCCAGAGCCUUUACAACAAACGAAAUUUAAAAUUGAAGAACCAAAGAAGUUUUAUAAACGCAGUCGCAAAUUCGUAAAGUAUGUAGGAUAAACACACCCUGGACCAAUGUAGUAUAGUAACAUAUUAUACAUCAAUGCCCCAGGCUGAUUCUUACAUAGACAUUAUACAAAUGCAAUUUAUGUACACGUGCAAAUGUGUGUGUUCCGUCUUACCCCAUACGUGCGAGCGCGACACUUCUUUUUUUUACGUGACUUAUUGUAGAUUUGCCGCAGAUGGCAUUAACUACUUGGCCGGACAAAUGCAGAGCACUGAGGGCUCUCACCCGGUACAAAAUUUAAGGCCUGAGGGUGUGCAGUUGGGCGCGAACCUCGGCUCAGGGCUUAGUCUGAGAGGAAGAAUAUUUGAAUAGCGCGACAGACAGUCCGCGCAUGCUUUUUACGUCUUACUGGCGGGGGGUGGUGUGUCUCUUCUAUACUUACAUAGUAUUAUUUAUUCUAUUGAUAUGUAAAUAAAAGUCUUAUAUUUA